GUUGGACUAAUGAUGUAAAACUCCUUGACUGGAUAAAUAAAGUGCGAAAAGGCGUUUCUCAUCUCACUCAUUUUUCCUUUUCUUGAAAAAAUAAAUUAAAUAAAUAAUAAUUAUUUGGGGAAGAAGGAAAAAAGGCAAACCAGAUAAAAACAACACCACACUCUGCACAAUGGCGCAACAUAUGGAGCUCCUGCUAAAAUACGCUCCUCCAUCUGAUUCUGCGCAGUCCUUGUAAUAUAUCCCCACCAGUUUGCCCCCAUUUUUCUAUUUCUACAUUUUCCCAUGCCAACGGCUAGUAUUCUCCUCUCUCUGGCGCUCUGCGCCGCCCUAAUUGCCACCUUUACAUGCGCCGCCGGCGACGAUUCCGAGAUUCAGGCGUUGCUCUCCUUCAAGCGGAAUCUCUACGACCCCCGUGGAGUGAUGGACGGCUGGGCUGCGUCCACGCCGGCGGCGCCGUGCGACUGGCGCGGCAUUUUGUGUUUCUCCGGCAGGGUUCGAGAACUCCGCCUGCCGCGCCUCCAGCUUGGCGGCCGGCUGAGCGACACCCUCGGUAGCCUGCGACAGCUGCGCAGGCUGAGCCUGCAUUCCAACAAUUUGAACGGUUCCAUCCCACGCGCUCUCUCCGAGUGCUCGCUCCUACGCGCCGUCUACCUGCAGUACAACUCACUCGCCGGCGAGAUUUCCCCUGCAUUCUUCUCGAACCUCACGAAUCUGCAAGUGCUCAACCUAGCUCAUAACCUCAUCUCCGGAGAGAUCCCCGGCGACAUUUCCGCGAGUAUGCGAAUACUCGACCUCUCCUCCAACGCGUUCUCCGGAGAAAUUCCGGCGAAUUUUUCCGAUGCUCACCAGUUCCAGCUCGUCAAUCUCUCUUUCAACCGGUUCUCCGGCGAGAUCCCGGCGACUAUCGGAGCGCUGCAGCAGCUGCAGUACUUGUGGCUCGACGGCAACCAACUCUACGGGACGAUUCCCUCCGCGAUUUCGAACUGCUCGUCGCUCAUCCACGUCAGCGCCGGGGAUAACAUGCUGUCCGGCGUCGUUCCGGCGACGAUCGGUUCGCUCAGAUUCCUCCAGGUCAUCUCGCUGCCGCAGAAUCAGCUAACCGGCGUCGUUUCGUCAUCAUUACUCUGUAACAUCUCAGCAUUUAAUGCCACAAUUAGGAUUCUUAACUUGAGUUUUAACGCACUCACGGGUAUAGAGAAUAACCAUGGUCAAACGUGUGAAAGUGUGCUGGAGGUUUUAGACCUUCACGAGAAUCAGAUAAAUGGUAUGUUCCCAGAUCUCUUCAUGAAUUUCUCAACAUUAAAAACCCUAGAUAUUUCCGGGAAUUCGAUCUCCGGAGUGUUGCCGGAUAAUUUGGGGAAUUUGGUGAAUUUGGAGGAAUUUAGGGUUGGGAACAACUCAUUAACCGGUCAAAUUCCCGUGAGCCUGACAAAAUGUGGGGUUCUUAGAGCUCUUGAUCUCGGAAAAAAUCGGUUUCUGGGUCAGAUACCCGACUUUUUAGGGCAAAUGAAGAGCUUAACAACGUUGAUUCUUGGUGGGAAUUUGUUUACUGGUUCGGUUCCGGUGAGCAUCGGCGGUCUUCAUUCGCUACAAGUGUUGGAUUUGAGCGAUAAUAAGCUGAGUGGGACUGUGCCUGAAGAGCUGAUGAGGCUUAGCAAUCUGAGCACUCUAAAUCUGAGCAACAACAAAUUCUCCGAUCAAGUGCUGGUCAAUAUCAGAGAGUUGAAAGGGCUAAAGGUUCUGAACAUGAGCGGUUGUGGCUUUUCGGGGGUGAUUCCGUCGGGCAUAGGGAAUCUUUUGAGGCUAACAACUCUCGAUUUGAGUAAGCAAAACUUGUCGGGAGAGUUGCCCCUUGAGCUCUUCGGAUUGCCAAGUUUGCAGGUGGUGGCUUUGGAGGAGAAUACGUUGUCUGGAGAUGUGCCUGAAGGUUUUAGCAGCUUGUCCGGUUUGCAGUACCUCAAUCUUUCGUCAAAUGCUUUAACCGGUGGGAUUCCAACUACUUAUGGAUUCCUCAGGUCAUUGUCUGUUCUUUCACUAUCGCGGAAUCGAGUGAGUGGUUCUAUUCCCGUGGAGUUGAGCAAUUGUACUGGUCUUGAAAGUUUAGAGCUCAGAGAAAACGAAUUGACGGGCCAAAUUCCUGCCGAUUUUUCCUACUUGUCUCGUCUACAGAGGCUUGACUUGGGGAAGAACAGUCUAACCGGUGCAAUCCCAGAAAGCAUUACUAACUGUUCAUCGUUGGUCUCUCUGUUAUUGGAUUCAAACCAUUUAUCAGGCAGCAUUCCAGACACAAUAUCGAAGCUAACAGCGUUAACAGAACUGGAUCUCUCGUCAAAUGAUCUAACCAGUGCAAUUCCAGCAAAUCUUUCCUCAAUCCCUGCUCUGCAGCACUUGAAUUUAUCGGCCAACAAUCUUGAUGGUGAGAUUCCAGAUGCUUUGGCUUCACGAUUCAGCGACCCCUCGGUGUACGCCAUGAACAGGAAUCUAUGCGGAAAGCCACUGAAGAAGAACUGCAAAACCGCAAACAGGCGUAAGAGAAAGAGACUUAUUCUCUUCAUAGCUGUGGCUGCAGCAGGUGGUUUACUGCUGUUACUGUGCUGCUGUGGGUACAUAUACAGUCUCCUAAGAUGGCGCAAGAAGCUGAGAGCAGGUGCAAUGGGAGAGAAGAAGAGAAGCCCGAGUCCCGGUUCUCAAACAACACGUGGAAGCGGCGAAAAUGGAGCCCCAAAACUAAUCAUGUUCAACAACAAGAUCACGUACGCGGAAACCCUAGAAGCCACAAGGCAAUUCGACGAGGAAAACGUGCUUAGCAGAGGGAAAUACGGUUUACUAUUCAAAGCCACGUACGCCGACGGAAUGGUACUCGCCAUCCGCCGCCUUCCCGACACUUCGAUAGAAGAGAACACCUUCCGGAAGGAAGCCGAAUCCCUCGGCAAAGUCAAACACCGCAAUUUGACUGUCCUGCGUGGCUACUACUCGGGCCCACCUCCUGAUAUGCGCCUCGUUGUGUACGACUACAUGCCGAACGGAAACCUAGGAACCCUCCUCCAAGAAGCCUCCCAUCAAGAAGGUCACGUGCUGAACUGGCCGAUGCGCCACCUCAUCGCCCUAGGCGUAGCUCGAGGUCUAGCAUUCUUGCAUUCGAUCCCGAUUGUACAUGGUGAUGUGAAGCCGCAGAAUAUUCUAUUCGAUGCCGAUUUCGAAGCCCAUUUAUCGGAUUUCGGAUUGGAUAAAGUGACGGUGGCAACUCAGGCGGAAGCUGCUUCGACUUCGGCCGUUCCCGUGGGGACUGUCGGGUAUGUGGCGCCGGAGGCGGCAUUGACCGGUCAACCAACGAAGGAGGGUGACGUGUAUAGUUUUGGGAUUGUGGUGCUGGAGAUUCUGACGGGGAAGAAACCGGUGAUGUUCACGGAGGACGAGGAUAUUGUGAAGUGGGUGAAGAGGCAGCUGCAGAGAGGGCAAGUUUCGGAAUUGCUCGAGCCUGGAUUGCUGGAGCUCGAUCCUGAGUCGACCGAGUGGGAAGAGUUUUUGUUGGGAGUGAAAGUUGGAUUGCUUUGCACGAUGCCGGAUCCUAUGGAGAGGCCUUCCAUGGCUGACGUGGUUUUCAUGCUCGAGGGUUGUCGGUUGGGACCGGAGAUUCCUUCUUCGGCGGACCCCACCACUCUUCCUUCACCCACCUGAAAAAAGAAUUAAAAAAAAAUUGGAACUCUUGUCAAGAAUUCUUUCAUUUGUGUAGUUCUCAUGUAUUCUUUUGCAUGUAUUAGAAUCUGAUGUAGAAAGAUUCUGUAGUUCUUUGAUUGUCUUUCUUUAUUGUCUCUAUUUGCUUUCAAUCUAAAUCAAUUUUCUUCUU